AUGUUCAACCUGGCAGGAAUCCACAAACGCUUGCUGGCGAGCUGCUCCGACGAUCGCACGGUAAGAAUCUGGGAUAUUAGUGACUGUGAUCGGAAUGUCCACAAUGGAGGUUCCUUUGAAAUCAGUCCAUCCCAGACCGGAUUCGGGCGUGUAAAUGAGGCCAGUCAGAACCACGUUGCAUCGGCUUGGGGCCAUCUCUCACGCAUCUGGAACGUCGACUUUGCCUCAGUAGGGUCGUACAACACGAUUGCGGACGUCUUACUUUUCUCGAGCGGUGAAGAUGGUGCCUGUCAAUCAUGGAUUGCUGAAUUGGUUACCCGUCCUGGUGGCGAGACUGGCCUGGCCGCUAGCCUCAGACCAGGAGCCAGUGACCGACUUCAUUUUGGGAAGAAUGCCUGGUCCAUGUGCCAGCUGAAUGACGAGCACGGUAUUGUCGUAUUCACUGGUGGUGCUGACGGGCAAAUCAUCUCUAGGAGAUUCGACACAUUGGAAACCGCCAAACUAUGUCCCCUCACGAUCUCUGUCUCUUUUAACGACAUCACAUCAUCCCUCCUGCCACUGAAGAACUAUUUACUGUUGGAUCAUCAGGAAUGUCUGGCGACCACAGGCCAAGGACAUCUUUUCCGCUUAACCUUUCGAGACGGGGAGUCGCAGUGGCGCCCAUUGCACGGAACUCUCUUGAAGGGUGGCAUGACACUCUGCUCACCCAAGGACUGUGGUUUCGUCCUCAUUGCCUAUCAGGUGGGCGAGCUUUAUGCUUUGCUGAUUGGUAAAGAGAUAUUGUUACCUAUACAAUGCAACCUCGAUCAUGGCAUUUCGUGGAUGCAAGUUGCUGGACAACAAGUGGCUAGUCUUCGAGAUUCUGUGACUUGCGUUGUCGCUGUCUUGACGAACAGUGUGCCGAUCAUACUUUGGGUCAACAUGAAGGAAGAUUCAAUACGGGCGAACGAGACGGCUCUGAGAAUGCCAGCAACUUUUAAGAUCACAGCAUGCUACUAUGACCAAACUAGCAAGACGUUACUUCUCGGCUCUCGUGCUGGUGCUCUUUCUGUAUACUCCGGUGUGGACUCUGAGUCUGCCACGUCUGGAGAAUCAUACUGCCUCCGACAUGUCCACGGCACGGAAAGCGUUACUUCGAUCACCGUUCUCAGGCACGAUGCAGACAUCGAGACUGGGAUCGGGAUGAUGCACAUACUCACAACCGGUCGUGACGGACAUUACGCUAUUCACCGGUUUGAGCAGCCGUCUCUCGCUACCGGAGCCCAGCCACAAAUGUCUCUUGUUCACCUAUCAUCGUCUCCAUUCGGUCCGAACAUCGAAGGAGCUUACCUCACCGCUUCGGAAGAUUGCUCAGCUACACGUCAGGCUCAACGAGCGGACCUGAUCCUCUACGGCUUCAGGUCCACCUCGUUCGUUGUGUGGAACGAAACUCAGCAGUCCGACAUCCUUUCAGUUGAGUGUGGUGGUUGUCACCGAAGUUGGGCCUUCAGAGAUGAUCCUGCCUCUGUAUCUAGCGGUGGGUUGAAGUCUUUCGUCUGGACCAGAGCGGGCAAAUUUAAUUGGCACACGAGCAACGGUUCCGGCCAUAAAAUCAUCCAGCGAGGAGGCCACGGGCGCGAGAUCAAGGCUGUGGCGCGAAGUCCAUUGCCGUACGCUGGGGCUGGGAGUCAACACGAGGAUCGAGUGCUUGUGGCCACUGGCGCGGAGGACACCAACAUCCAACUCUUCGCCAUUGCUAACUUCCCAGCGUCUGCCGUCUCACGGACACCUGGCCAACUACAGGCAAACAAGUUUCUGGACGUUGCAACACUGAAACGCCACACGACGGGCAUUCAACAUCUCCAAUUCUCGGGCUCAGGACAGUAUCUCUUCAGCAGCGCCGGAUGCGAAGAGUUCUAUGUAUGGAAACUCAGCUUCGACGUACCCUGCAUUAGCGUGGGAACAAUAUCAUGGGAUACCAUGCCUACUGACGAAGAGGACUCAGACGCUCGAAUCAUGGGAUUUGAUUCACGCCACGAGAACGACGGCGCCGAAUACGAGGAGCACACCCUUGUGCUGGCAUACUCGAACGGGAAGACCAAGAUCGUGCGGUAUACCGCAUCGUCGACACGAAAUAAAGGCACGUUCGAAAUAAUGCAAAGACUCAGCUAUGGUUCGUUCUGCGUCAUGCAGGCUCUCCUUCUCCCGCCUUUUCCUCGAGCUGCCGCCAAUCAGAUGUGGGUCCUGUCUGCAGGCACAAACGGAUACGCGAACCUGAGUCUUCUCGAUUACCGGGAUAUGCUGAACUCUUCGGACGCAACCGCAUUGCCAGAGUCGACAUGCCGGAUGAAAGUCCACAAACUGCACCAGAGUAGCAUUCUAGCCAUGGACAUCCUGUCCGUUGGCUCAAAGAGUCACCUCGUCGCGACAGGCGGUGACGAUAAUGCACUGGCUCUCACGCUCCUGAGCUCCUUAUCUCCACCGUCAUCUGACAUUGAAGAUAGGAAGCUUGGGAAAGAAGAUACGGACUGUCGGUUCCGCACGAUCCUUAUCCCCAACGCCCACGCCGCCGCUCUCACUGCCCUGAAGAUCGUAUGCCUUUCAAGUGGUCCCACGAGCUGGUCAGCGUGGAUCAUCACCGUGGCAAACGACCAACGUGUCAAGAUCUGGAGAGUUGACAUCAAUCUCCAGGGAGCGUUCGUCAACUCCUCGGAGCAUACCGAAGAUGAUAUGUUGUUCGAAGCCUUGCAGGUCGAGCUAGUGGGACAAGCUUGGACAGGUGUUGCCGACGUGAGUGGACUUGAGAUCGUGGAUGAAAACGCUCGGUAUGCUACCGGAGCUCAAGACAACGGCAUCCAAGCGUGUGACCGUGCUUGCAGGAUUUUGGUUAUCGGCGUGGGUAUGGAGGUGGUCGAGAUCACCUCAGGACGGGAUGAGCAGGCCUGGUAA